CAACUGGGCGCCCUCAAAAAGCGGGACCCUUGGUGCAGGAGCCUCCUAUUCUCCUUGCUCCUGCAGGAUGGCAUUCCUCAAGUAUCUGCGCUCCGCGAAGGACGGGCUGAUCCUCGUCUGUGCUCCGUUACUCCUUCUCCCGCUGCCUCUGGUGAUCGGGACGCCGGAGGCAGAAUGUGGCUAUGUGAUCAUCUUGAUGGCGGUGUACUGGUGCACAGAGGUGCUACCAUUGGCUGUAACCGCUCUUCUCCCAACUCUCCUUUUCCCCUUUUUUGGCAUCAUGCAAUCCAAAGACGUGUGCAUGCAGUACCUGAAGGACACAAACCUGUUGUUUGUGGGGGGGCUGUUGGUGGCAGUUGCCGUGGAGCACUGGAAUCUACACAAGCGCAUCGCCCUGAGGGUGCUGCUCGUUGUCGGUGUGCGUCCGGCGCUAUUGAUGCUGGGAUUCAUGGGAGUUACAGCCUUCCUGUCCAUGUGGAUCAGCAACACAGCCACCACGGCCAUGAUGGUGCCGAUCGUCCAAGCAGUGCUGAGUCAGCUCAACACCAGCGAGGCAGAAAUACCUCAGAUCCUCAGCUCGGAGGAGCAGGACCAGACGUCAGAGAGUGACAGCAAACAGCCUCAGACAGAGAAACAGAGCGACGGACAAGGCCCAGUGGUGGUGACUUUCUUGGAUGCCACAGUGGAGGCUGCCAAGCAUCAAGAGGCAGCAGAAAGGCUGAAGAUGUGUAAAGGGAUGACCCUUUGUGUUUGCUACGCUGCCAGCAUCGGAGGCACCGCCACACUGACGGGAACUGGUCCCAAUCUGGUUCUCAAAGGCCAGAUGAAUCAACUGUUUCCUGAAAACGGAGACGUGAUUAACUUUGCCUCCUGGUUUGGCUUUGCCUUCCCAAACAUGAUCCUCAUGCUCACGCUGGCCUGGCUUUGGCUGCAAUUUGUCUUCAUGGGAUUUAACUUUAAGAAGACGUGGGGCUGUGGAUCUGUGAAGACGGAGAAGGAUAUCGCUGCGUACAAUGUGAUCCGCGAGCAGCACCGCCUGCUGGGGCCCAUGUCCUUCGGGGAGAUCAGCGUCCUGGGACUCUUCACUCUGCUGGUGGUGUUGUGGUUCUCAAGGGAUCCCGGCUUUGUCGAUGGCUGGGCGACAGUACUCUUCAACUCCAAAGCAGAGUAUGUGACAGAUGCCACCGUGGCCAUCUUCGUCGCCGUCCUUCUCUUCGUCCUGCCGUCCAGACCGCCAAGUUUCUGUUCAAGGAAGACUCACAGCUUUGACACAGUUCCUCCUCCGACUCCUGGCCCCACUCCAGCUCUGCUCACCUGGAAAGUCGCUCAGAAGAAGUUACCGUGGGGCAUCGUGCUUCUUCUUGGUGGCGGCUUUGCUCUGGCCAAAGGCAGUGAAGUAUCAGGACUCUCAAAGUGGAUCGGCGAUCAAAUGACUCCCCUGCAAAGUAUACCUCCCUGGGCAAUUGCUAUCAUUCUGUGCCUACUGAUUGCUACCUUCACUGAGUGCACGAGUAAUGUGGCGACGGCGACGCUCUUCCUACCUGUCUUAGCCUCGAUGUCCCAGUCCAUUGGAAUCAACCCGCUGUACGUCAUGGUGCCGUGUACGCUGAGUGCCUCGUUCGCCUUCAUGCUGCCCGUGGCCACUCCCCCGAACGCCAUCGUCUUCUCUUAUGGAUACCUCAAGGUUGCUGACAUGGCCAGAACAGGUAUAGUUAUGAACGUCAUUGGCAUCCUCUGCAUCUCACUGGCCAUCAACACAUGGGGCAAGGCCAUGUUUGACCUGGAGACCUUCCCCGCCUGGGCCAACGUCACCGGGAUGUGAGCCUGGUCCCACUAGAGGAGAUGAUCCACGUACACCCCCCCCCCCCCCUUCACUAUCCACAAAGGGCCACACAAUCUGGUCAGAGCAGCAGCGUAAGGACCACAUGUUGGACAGCGUGCAUCCGAGUGCCGUUAGGACACAAGCCCCACAUGGCUUGUCUUGUUUGACACCUGAGUAAUGCUUGAGAAGAGAGAGAGUGGUGAUGGAUAUGACUGGGAGUGGAAGAAGAGUUGGUGAAGAAUUAAAUCCAAACAUUUUUUGUCUUUAAGGAAAGACCCUUUAAUGCUUGUAAAACAAGUUUGACAGGAUUUAUACACCGUCAGAAUUUAUAUUUAUAUUUUUUCUAAAGAUACCAUUCAAACUGACUGUUUUUUAAUCCAAAGGGCAAUUAUAGGAAGAGCUCAGGUGAUGAAAGAUGUUUUACACGAUCAAAUGUCGUCACGUUUUAGUAGCAAUAAGCCAUUCUGUCUGAUACUUAGCCCAUUUACCCAAGUCCAGCACUUUAGUUCAGUUUUACUUGACUUAAGGAUUUACUUUUUAUACCACUACUACUUCUACCUUUACUUAUUUUUAGUAUGACAGUUAUUUACACAUAUUUAUUUAUCUGACAGCUGUAGUUACUAAGUUGCUUUUUGUGUUUUAUAAGAUUUUACACUGAAAACAUCAGAUUAACAACUAAAUAAGUCACAUUCUGCGAUCACGUUAAUACAUUAGUAAUAAUAAGAUAACAGGGUAGUCUGUGUGCUGUACCUUUGAUACUUUUUUGUGUCAAUAUUUUUUAACUGAAUGCAAAACUUGCAAAAACACUUGCAAUGGUUUAAAAAAGAUUUUUAUAAUGAUACUACUUUUACUUAAAUGCUUCUUCCAACACCACCGCUUCUCUGUACUUUAUUUUAUAUUUGUUAGCCAUCUUGGUAUUUAUAGAGAAUGGGCUGAUAUUUUCAUCACAACAAAAACCUGACAACAAGUAAACGCACACAGCCUGUGUUUACCUGUUUGUCCGAGGGGAUGUGACACUUCCAGCAUCAGUUGAACUUUGAAACGUAUCAUCGCUGCAGAUGUGAUCGCUCUGUAUCUGCCUUGUGACUCAUUGUACUGUAGCUACAUUUUUUACAUUUCAGUCAAUAUGUCAAUAAGUGCUGACACUGAAAUUUCCCACUGCACCGAUGAAUUCUGUCUGAAUUACAAUAAAGUGGUUUUUAAUAAUCACUGUAUAUAGAUUUUAAAUUCAGAAACUUUUGCACAUGUGAGAUGACGAAGGAACCAUAUUGAAAUGUACAGUGGAAAUCAUCAGUAAAUAAUAAACUGCUUGGGACAGACUAUAGAGAAUAAGAGACGUGUGUUAUAAUGAGUAUUAAUGUUUCUUUCUUGUUAUUUUCUCUUUAUAAACACAGAUUUGAUAACACUGUAAGAACAAAGCACAGACAAACUCUUUGAUAGUACAAUACAAGCAAUAAUGUAUGAUAUAGCUAGAGUUGUGCAUGCAGUAUUAUUAAAUAAUAAAAUAUUAAGUUUUGAAAGAAA